AUUUGGCCAAAAGGAGAAAUGGCACCGGUCUCACACGGAUUAAGUAUUCUUAUGAGGGCUAGGAAUAGGUUAUGUAUUUCCUGUUAUAGGAACAGCAUCUUGCCAUAUUUUUCUGUGCAAUUGACUAAUUCCAAAUGUUUUUCCCAUCGAGCUCAUACAUUUCUAUUAAAAGAUAUCAGGAACCAACAGGUAGCACAGGGUAGGUAUUGCUAUACCUCACAGACGCAUGAAUCUUAUCAAGAAAAGGGAAACUCAGUGAAAGGCCCUCUACAAGCUUAUGAUGAUUUAGUGCAAAGUGGAGAGCUCAACGAAGAUCUCCACCAACGAUGGAUUGUAGAAAAUCUGCAGAAGUUACAUGACACCCUGCAGGGUUAUGAACCGGAGACAUUAGGAUUAUUUGAAAAGUUUCAACUUUUUGGCAAACCAAAGCCAAGGCCAGGACCAAAUGGACUGUACCUGUUUGGAAGUGUUGGAACGGGCAAGACAAUGCUCAUGGACUUGUUCUUUCGAAAUGUAGAAGUCAGCAACAAACGAAGAACACAUUUUGAUUCAUUUAUGUUAGAAGUGCAUGCAAGACUCCAUGAAAUGAAGUUAAAGCAACCAAAACUCAAGGAUUCACGCAAGUCAAGAGCCUUUGACCCAAUACCACCUGUUGCCAAGGAAAUCAGUGAAAAUGCAUCACUGCUCUGCUUUGAUGAAUUUCAAGUGGUGGAUGUAGCAGAUGCCAUGAUUCUUAAGUAUUUAUUCACUGAGCUGUUCGCUAAUGGCGUGGUAGUGGUGGCAACAUCUAACAGAAGACCAGAUGAUCUUUAUAAGAAUGGAAUUCAACGUAGUAAUUUUUUACCCUUUAUACAAAUUCUUAAGAAUCACUGUGAAGUCCUUCAGUUGGAUACCGGGGUUGAUUACCGUCAAUCAUUUGAUCUCCAUGGUGAUCAGGAAACCUACUUCUCAAAUACCACAUGUAAUGCGAAUGCCGCUGUGGAACUAUUGUUUAAGAAGUUGGCAAUGAAAGAAAAUGAAAUUGUUCAACCGCGACGUAUAAUACUGAAGGGCCGUCAUCUUGAUAUCAAAACAGCCUGUGGACGUAGUGCAAUGUUUACAUUCAAAGAUCUCUGCGAAAUGCCUGUGGGGGCAGCAGACUACCUAGCAAUUGCCAGUAAUUUUGACACGGUUGUCAUCAAGGAUAUUCCGCAGAUGUCACUGCGUACAAGAACAUCCCUCAAGCGAUUCAUUGUGAUGAUUGACAAUUUCUAUGACAACAAGGUGCGUUUAAUUUGUGCUGCCGAUGCUCCGUUGAAUGAACUCUUCGUCCUAAGUGACAUCACUCAGAGCAACGUAGACAGUAACAUGCUCCUCAUGGACGAUCUCGGCAUAAAACAGAAAUCUGAACUUAGCCAAGCUCCGAUCUUUACCGGAGAGGAGGAAAAGUUUGCUUGGGAACGGACGUAUUCCCGCUUAAAGGAGAUGCAGACAGAAGCCUAUUGGCUAAGCCGCGAAACUAAAUCUCGUAGGGAAGACUUAUGACGAAUGUGAACUGGAAGAGUGUUUGGUGUAAUUAUUUUAUUAAUGUGCCACUUACCUUCUGAAUAUGCAAGGGUCAUAUGAGGUUAAUGAGUGAUAUAUGAUUAUUUGUUAAUGAAAAAUUAGAUGCUAAUUAAAAUUAUUUUAAAAUUUGACUAAUUGAAGGUUAGUUUUAAUGUUAAUAAAAUUAGGAUAUCUGGCACGUGCAGUACCUCAAUGAGCCAAUUCAUAUUUUAUUGAAUUUUAAAUAAAUUUAUAUGUGUUGAAA